AUGGGUGCUUGCUUAUCCAAGAUCGUUGCGCCCUAUGGUAACUCACGAAAGAUCCCAGACUUUUUGCCGGUUGGGUGGGAGGGUGCGUAUUUGCACAGGCCUGGCAGCGAGAUCCCUCAGCUUCAGUUCCUGGCCUUGCGAAUCGUUGUCGAACCAUUGCAGGAGGCUAGCGCUCGUGCAACGCCAGACCGAUUGGAGAUAUACGGCCUCGACAAGAAGUCGGAAGAGGCUGGCGAGACACAUCUGUGCCGGUCGAAUCUUUCAUGCGGUGGUCCCCUCGCCCUGUCUGACACAAGUAAGGGGUCCUUGGAGCAUGGGUACGACUGGAUGAACAACCGCAACGUCGACCAUCCAUGUAAGGAUUCGUUGAAAGUCCAAACUCCAAUGAAGUCUCCAUCGCUGAUUACUUCCAGAAACAGGAAACCAGGAAAGAAGAUGAUGCGGAAUACGACACUUUCUACUUCGCAGACCUUGCAGUGCCAGGGUCAACGACAUGACGAACGAGUACAGGUACUUGCUGCAUCUAUCCACGCGAGUGUGGUUUACAAGCAUCAAGACGAAGAAGAGCCCGUGCUGCCAUCUGAUAGCGAAAAUGAGACGCACGCAUCCAGGACGAAAGAGGAAAUCUUCCUCACUGAGACCGGAUUUCCUAUGCCAACCGGGGCAAAGCGUCGCCCAUACCAUACAUGGGUCCUAGAACGCCAUGGCAACUGGAUCCGAAAGAGCGACCUCCCCAAAACAGCCUGA